AUGGAAGCCAGCUGGGAAUUGCCUACUCUGAGGGGCACCAUCCGACUAGGCGGCCAAACAAAGUCUAAGCUUAGCUCCACUCAAUUCUACGACGUCGACUUCUAUCCUUACACUGCACCCGGCCUGGAUCCCGUUUUCGCGGUCUGUGGUGGCCCGUUUACUAUCGUCUGUCGAUGCGUUCUCGACAAGAAUGGGUCCAUUGAGAUCUUGCGCUGGUUUGAAGACGAGGAAAACACUGCAGAAAAUGGUUCAGCGAAUCCCAAGCAAAUCAGGUACAACAGCGUCGUAUGGUCUCAGGCUACCAAUGGAGACCCACUCGUCUGCGUAGCUUGCGACUCCCGUAUCAAGGUUCUCAAUACGCUGAUAGGCCAUGGCGAUUCCGUCAACGACCUUGCCAUAUCCCCGGUCGAUCCCACCAUCAUCGCAUCAGUCAGCAUUGACCACAGCCUCCGGUUGUGGAGCCUGCACCCUUCGCAUGAGAAGCAACCGCUUGGGGCCGUAUGCUACGGCCAAGGUCACAAAGAUCAAAUCUUGACCCUAUCAUAUCACCCCAAAGGAAAAUACAUCCUCACUGCGGGUAUGGAUACCAAGAUCAAUCUAUGGGCUGUCCCGGAUGAUCUCAAAGAACAUACCGGAACCGACAAGCCGGUAAUGGUGCAUUACCCGCAUUUUUCCACCACUGAGAUCCACACCGAUUUUAUAGACUGUAUCCAAUGGUACAAUGAUCUGAUUUUUAGUCAUGCAUGCCGAGAAGGCAAAAUCAUCCUCUGGAGUAUCGACCACUUCAGCUCAGACCGUACCGUUACGCCUCCUGCACCUAUUCCGACCUCAAGCGCGGUCAACAGUCGCACACCAGUCACAAUAUCAGCCAAUCUAACAUCAAACACACGGUCAGCAUGGGGUGGUCGCUUCCAGCGUCUCCUCCAAUUUGAUUUGCCGUAUACCAAUCAGUUUUACAUUCGAUUCUCCCUUUUCCACGAGCUCGGCCACCACCCGAUCCUGGUUGCGGGCAAUGAAAAGAGUAAGACAUUUUUCUGGGACCUUCAACGCCUCGAGAACUCUGGUACGGGAGAAUCAAGUACAGGAGACGAUAAGCUCUAUGCUGGAAAAGAAGUGCCGCUGGGUCUGCCCCGACAUGUUCGAGAAGGCAGCUCGGCCUCGACCGCGUCCUCCGCCAUUAGCGCCGGCUCCGGGAACACUAAGAUGAAGCAAAAGAAAGUAAAGGAGGUUGUUCGUGACCGAGGCAUAUCCGAUCCCUUCCGCUCCAUCAAAGCCCACAAGAUUGUAGAGACUCCAAAGUACAAAGCUUUCGCCUUUCGCCAUUUUUCAUGGAGUCGUGACGGCCAAUGGUGUGUUGCUGUAGGCGAUUGUGGCACAAUCAAUGUCUUCAGCCGUUGGGAAAAAGGCGUGCCGCCAAUGAACCCUGACCAGGAGAUACCAGCACCAGGUGAACCAAGCAUCAAUAAAAAGAAAAUCACUGAUACUUUUCACGCCAUGUCCGAAGCACACGCGUUGCGGAGGCAGAUGGCAGCUGACCAGGGCGAACCUUUUGAGGAAGACUUGAAGACCCUCUUGGGCGAAUAUGUAGAUGGAUUACCGGAGCACGAAAAGGAGUUUGCUCAAUCACUUGGUAAAGAAUAG